CACAGUGCCUUUAGCUGUCAGUCUAGUUGCUCCGAAAAUUGUGAUCAUGGAAGAUUGUGAAGUGAAUAUUAAAAAGGAUCGGUGGAAAUAUUUUUUUCGGCAGCUCUUAAUCGCAAGUGGAGCAUGGAAUUGCUACUUCAUGCUGGGAUUGUGCAUGGGCGCACCCACGGUGUUCAUUCCACAAAUACGAAAAGAGGCUAACUCGACAGAAGCCGUGAGCGAGGAUAUGGCAUCGUGGAUUCCUGCAAUCCUAAGCUAUGGUGGUGUACCCUGGAUACUGAUCCUACCAUACCUGAUAUCAGUCUUUGGAAGAAAAAUACCGCACAUAAUCGUCUCAGUAGCAACUUUAGCAGGAUUUACGACAUUCGUCUUUAGCACCACAGUCACCCACAUCAUCAUAAGCGAGAUGCUACAAGGAUUGGUAGCAGCAUCAUAUUUAACCAUAUCUGUAGUUAUCAUAAUAGAAUACGCUUCACCUAAAUACAGAGGGAUGUUUCUGACUUUGAAAUCUGCUUGCUUUUUCUGGGGAAUUUUGUUUGCAAAUACCAUUGGGACGUUUUUUCAUUGGAAAAAAAUAGGAAUGGUAGGUUUAGGCUGUUCGGUUUAUAAUUUAGUGAGUGUGUUCUUUUGGCCCGAAUCUCCGUAUUGGUUGGCUGGUAAGGGUCAGAUAGAUGAAUGUACCAAAGCUCAUGUUUGGUUGAAGGGAAGAGAUGAAAUUUCGGAUAAGGAAUUGAAGAGUUUGAUAAAUUCGUGUCGAUAUGAAAGGAAUACUCAACCACAAAACCUUUAUAGACGAAUUCGGCUCACAGUCAAAGAAAUGUUAAGAAAACAGUUUUAUAAACCAGUGCUAUUUUCGGUUUUGCUCACUUCUUUGUAUUUAUUAUCAGGGAAAUUAAUAUGUACAGUAUAUGCGAUAGAUAUAAUUAAGAAAAUGACGAAUAGCGAAUCAACUGCUUACACUGCCAUGUUAAUUCUAGACGCAGUUACUUUGAUAAGUAUGUAUGGUGGUUGUUUGGUUGUAAAAGUUGUUAAACGAAGACUAAUGUUGUUAACGACUUCUUCUAUCGGUGUUUUCUUUUUGUUUUCAAUAUCUUUAUAUUUGUAUUUAGUUAAAUUAUCCAUUGUUUCUGAAUAUAAAUAUCUAUCUGUCUCUUUGUUGACUGGGUUUUCAAUAGCUAUUGGUUGUGGACCGAUGAUAUUGUCCACAUCGAUUUCUGGUGAGUUAUUACCUUUAGAAUCAAGGAGUAUAUCUAUGUGUGUGAUAGCGUUCGUUUUCAAAAUAUCGUAUGGAAGUUUUUUGAAAGUAGCACCAUACUUAUUCAAAACGUUUGGAUUGCAUGGUACAUUUUUAUCUUUUGCAUUAUCUUCUUCGGUUUGUUUGAUACUUAUUUAUUUAUAUCUUCCCGAAACUAAAGAUAAGAAUUUGCAAGAAAUUGCUGAUUGCAUGAAAGGAGUUGAUGCUAUGGUUGAAAGAGAAGAAGAACUUGCACCUGUUAGAAGAAAUACAGAGUAAGAGGAAAGAGACAAUGUAAAUAUUAUUAUAGAAUAAUUUUGUUUUUAAUACCUAUUUAUGAUAACGCAUCCUUAUAAUUACAAUGACAUGCAUGCAAGUAUCAAAAAAGGUGUUUUAAUGUUUGCUAUAUUUACCUACAUGAGAAAAGUAUAAUAUGAACACUUACAUCAU